GUCGGAUCUUGUUCGCAGAAGGAAGAAGGCACGACGGGUUUCCGGUGUGACUCGGAGGAAGUGCCGGGGAUUUAGUGAGCGAUCAUGCGUCGGCGGCGAGUGUCGGGCGCCCCAGUGAGAACGUGACGAAAAAGUGCGUGAGCAGUGCUGUCAUGGUGUCGUUGACGGAGUUCGUCGUCUGUUUCUGCGUGUUCCUUGACGCUACAGCGUCGACAGCGACUGAAGUUACGCUGUUGGAUAGUACGACUGAGGACUCGCUGGACUGGAUGCGUUAUCCUUUCAGGCCAACUGCACCGACCCCUGGGAUGCACCCCCCAGGAAAGAAGGAAAUGUGGAUGCCAUUGUGGGUGUUGUGGUUGCCAGCCGGUGUCCGAGAGAGAGGACCCGGGUUAGAUGAAUCAGCACGUUUGGGUUUCGUCGCCCCGGGGUAUUAUUCUCCCCCCGCGGGAACUCGGCUCCCGGGCCCAACGAGGCUGAGGGCGUCCCUGAGGUCGACCGGCGACGAAGAACCUCCUUAUUACUUUUCGCUCCCCCCAAUGGCUAUCAACAGGACACUUCCUGAGGCCCCCACUUUCGCAGGGCUGUCCUGCGGACAUGAAAGUUGCAACUAG